AGCGAGCGCCGCACUCAGUGUCCCCCUGGCGCUUUACACAUGUAGGUGGGGCGAAAGGAGGCGACAGAACGGCUCUGUCAAGAAGUUUUUCGACUUCACAUUGUCGUUUUUGCACCGUCUUAUUUAUGUUUUGGCUAAGAAAUACUACAUAAAGUACAGAGAACGGGUGGUGUGAGGAAAGGCGGUGUGAUACAAAGGAGUGUGAGGCGGAAACGGACGCAGCCAUGGACGGUGUGUACAGAUGGGGGAUGACCUCUCUUAACCCAGUCCAAACGACAAACCCUUACAUAGAGAUCAUCGAGCAGCCGAAGCAGAGGGGGAUGAGGUUUCGGUAUAAAUGUGAGGGUCGCUCAGCUGGCAGCAUUCCUGGGGAGAAAAGCAAUGACACCACUAAGACUUACCCAGCCAUCAAGGUUUACAACUACAGCGGCCCCCUACGGGUCCGUAUCUCACUGGUGACAAAGAACCCACCAUACAAGCCUCACCCCCACGAACUGGUUGGGAAAGACUGCAAACAUGGUUACUAUGAGGCCGACCUGCAGGAGAGACGGAUUCACAGUUUUCAGAACCUGGGCAUUCAGUGUGUGAAGAAGAAGGAUGUAAAUGAGGCCAUCACUUGCAGGCUGCAGACCAGCAACAACCCUUUCAGCAUUCCUGAGCCCAAAGUGUGGGAGGAAGAGUUUGACCUGAAUUCUGUGCGGCUUUGCUUCCAGGCCUCCAUCACCUUGCCCACAGGGGAGCUGUUUUCUCUGGAGCCCGUGGUCUCGCAGCCCAUCUUUGACAAUAGAGCCCCGAACACAGCUGAGCUAAAAAUCUGCAGAGUGAACCGCAACUCUGGGAGCUGCAAAGGAGGAGAUGAAAUCUUUCUGCUCUGUGAUAAAGUGCAAAAAGAGGACAUCGAGGUACGCUUCUUCCAGGACUCAUGGGAGGGGAAGGGCACUUUUUCUCAGGCUGACGUCCACAGGCAGGUGGCCAUUGUGUUCCGCACACCUCCCUAUCGCGACACUAACCUCAACGAGCCCAUUAAGGUCAAGAUGCAGCUUAGACGGCCCUCUGACCGCGAAGUCAGCGAGCCAAUGGACUUCCAGUACCUACCUGCCGACCCAGAUGAAUACAGGCUGAGUGAGAAGAGAAAGCGUACAGGAGACAUGUUCCAGAACUUGAAUCUGGGAUCUAUGUUAUCAACUGUGUCCGUUCCACAAGACAGACGGCAAAGAAACGUGCCGCGGAGAACAGUCACCCCUAAACAGGCUUUAAUGAGCACACAAACAGCAACUGAUGUGGCCCCUGCUGCCAGUGGGUUGAAAGCCCAGCCCGCCUACUCAUACGGUCAGCCGGGCCAGCUUUUCUUGGUCCAGCCUAAGGUUGAGACAUCCUCAUCCAUUGCGACAGCAACUACAAGCCAAACAUGGAAGAUCAUGGAGAGUUUGAAGCUGGGCCCCAUGCCCAAAACCAACCUAGUGUCCACCUUUCCAUUAGACUCAUCAGUCCCUUCCUCCAACGCCACCACCUCCACAGCCAACCAGGACUACUCCACUGUUAACAUGUCAGAGCUGCAGGAGUUCUUCCCCAACAUUUCUUCGGCCAUGGCCCAGGAAUCUUCAGCUUCUCAGGGAAGCACAGCCACCUCACAGACUGGCAGCUCUUUCCCUCUGCAGGAAUCCCAGUUCAGAGUAGAAGCCCCGCUCGUGGAUGACGACAUCCCAGAGUUCCCCAGCUUUUCCGAUCCCCAGGUACAAGGCACCUUGGAUAGCCUAAACAUGGAUGAAUUUGAGGACCUUCUGAACCCCCACCUCAUGACUGAUGGUGCAUCCAUGCUAACAUCUUCCCAACAAGGAGUCGUCUCCAGCUCUGCUGCCCAGAACAGUGCAGCAUCCCAAAACACAUCCGACCCCAUCAACCACCCAGGAAGCACCUACAUGAAUUACCCAAACAGCAUCGCUAACCUGCUCCGGAACGAGGACAUGAUCGUCCUCGGAUCCAGCAACAACCAACAGCCCACGGUGCUCGAUGACUUUGAUGUGCUGAUGUCUGCUGAUGAAGAGCGCCUUAUUUCCAUUUUUAACAGCGGGAGCCAACCUGGGUUUGUGUCAGGACACCCAACAUAAAGUUUUUUUUUUUGUUUUUUUUUCACAAAGACAAUUUAUAUAUUCCUUCUUAAAGACGAACUAUUUAAUGCAGACAAGAUAAAGGAGGCUGGACUGGAACCCGGCAGAGGAGGCUAAUGGUAGCAAAAGUUCUCGUUGUGGACAAACCUACAGAAAUACUAUUACCAAAUGAGUAACCACAGAACUGAAUGUACUUAGAUUUCAUCCAGCUCAUUAAAAACUAUUUCACGAUUGUGGACAAUGAUUCACCACUAAAUAUUUGUAAAGACUGGGCAUGGGCAGGUAUCAGGUUGUCAUGGUUUUCUAACCUCGAUUGAAAAAUACCAUGGUAUCAUGGUAUUAACACCAUUUAUAACAAAAUGUGUUAUUUGUUCAAAUAGUUUUUAUUUUGAUUUACUUGCUUUCCAAUUUUCCUCCAGCCAGCUGACUGGAAGUGCGCAGCAAUGGGUGGGGAGGAGCAGCAAUGCCUUACUCAGAUUUUGAACCUGGAGGAAACUCGGAUCACUCCAGCGAUUUCACCCAACAUCUCAUUAAAGGAAUUUGAAACCGUAGACACGGUUUGACGGAAACUUUUUUUGCGGUUUAAAAAUGGUCACUUUUUAAAACCUCGAUCGCAGUGACUGGCCCAUGCCUGGUAAAGACGUUUUUGAUAAAUAAGUCAUUAAGGUUGUUCUGAAUAGAACAUGUUUAGCUUGGUUUUGUACUGUUUGAUCAAUUGUGCAUAGCUGUUGUGUUUAAUCUGCCUUUUUACUAUAAAGUAAAGGGGCUGGUAUGUCUUAGAAUGUAAUCUCACCUAGAUGGAAGCCUAUGCAAAUCCAUUGAUGCUUUUAACCAACACGCCUUUGGAUGACUUAUGAUUUUAAUUAGGGAUGCACCGAUAUUAAUAUUGCUGUUAUGGCCGAUAACCGAUAUUCUGUAUAUUUCCCUACCCUUUCAACAGCGUAACAAAAAUGACCCUACCACUGACUUGGCAGCAAGAUGGAAACAUCUAAUGGUUGCUAAUACCGGCCCGGUUUUACUUAUGGGACCCAUGUGUUAAAAAAAAUAUUAGCAGAUAAUGAUGUUAUUGCAGACAUUUUGUGCAACCCUAAUUGUAACUUUCUCUGAAGGUCGGAAGUCGCGGUUUAAAUGUGUCAAGAAACCAAAUGAAGGUCUAAUUGCAAAUAAUAUUCAUGCCUACUAAACAGAGGACUUAGUCUGGUGAUGAUGUCCUCUGUUAAUGAGUCCGUUUUUGGGUUUUUUACAUUUACUUUAUACAAGCUGCAGUGAAACUCAGUUUCAGAGCUAUGUAACAGCUUCAUUAAGUCUCUAGUAACUUUUUAUUCAAGUGUAAUUCUGACUUUUUGUUUUACGUAUGGUAUUAGCAGAUAUAUCUGAUGAUGGAUGCUGUUUAUUGUAAUGACUAACCCUGUCCAGAUUCCAAACGGUUUCUUUGCCAAUAAAAAUCACAAGCAUGUAAAGGAAAAAA